AUGCGAUCGGAGGAAGAUAUGCAUACUGCCAAGGAAGAUAUGCGUACUGCAAAGGAGCAUAUGCAUACUGCGCAGGAAGGUGUACGUACUGCGAGACGAACUGAUGUCGAAACUGCAGUUGAGGCGUCCGCUGCGACAUCAUCUCGCUCGCAAUCACGCUCGAAGAGCACAGUUGUCAAGGUUAGCCUCGUUCAUGAACCAAUUUGA